AUGCAAGAAUUGGUUGAGGAGGAGGAGGAGGAGGAGGAGGAGGAGGAGGAGGAGGUUAGAAUUGGAGGUGGCGGACAUGGCGGGAUAGCAAUUAGACAGGACAGAAAGACGGUAACUGGGAAGGGAGAUGUGGGAAGCAUGGGAUAGGGUGUCAGCACAUUUCCUUUCUUGGGAGAAAUCGGCGGUUUGUAUGGAACAGGAACCUUGACCACGCCAAUGUUAACAAUGUCAGCCGAGGCACCAUAAACCACCUGACAGUGCAUAGGAGUACACGCAACGAUCCUUCAGUGGCUUGCGCACACGAUCACACCAGGAGCAGGAGCCGCCUGCUUUUUUCGACAUAAGUUUCCUUCGGUGGAGUUUGAGACGGAACCGGAGACGGCGAACGCAUAAACUGAUGCAUACUAGGCACGAACUUGGCAGGACUUUUGUCGGCAUCGUGAAACGGGGUGGAGUGGCCAUUUCGGUUCUGUCAACAUACCUCAAACUUUCUCAUGCGUAAUUUUUUUUAAUCCAGAACACUUGUUUUGUUGCAGAAACAUGCAGUUAACUGGCGUAAGAGAAACAUUAUUGAAGUCUUACAUUUUCGACUGACAUCACGUCUCUGCACUGUCAGUACCAUAGUGGAGCGACCACCUUGUGCUGAUUGACGACGAGCGCAUACCCAAAUGACUCUUCUAUGGAGAUGUCACCACGGGUUCCCGCCGCCAACGAGGUCAGGUCCGGCAAUACAAGGAUACUCUAAAGACUUAACUGAAGCGCCUGCUGAUCAGCUCGGUCAACUGAGAAGACGACCUCACGCGGGAUCGACCGACAGGGAAGACUGGCGCAGCAAACUACGAAGCCAACCGUCGCCACAGCCAAACGCAAGGCUCGCAAAUCUCAGCUGACCCCAGCUUCGUAAUACCAACGCUCGAUCUCCCUCCGAUCUGCCCACGAUGUCAGCGGACGUUCCGAGCACCAGUCGGUCUUAUUGGACAUCUUCGAACUAACUGCAGCUCCCGGACGACACCAGCUGCUAUCUCCCCGUCGAUAGCCAACCCUAACGGUGCUCCUGAUCUCCCACUGCCAUCCUCCACCGCCUCAACAAUUGAUGAGGCGGCUCCAGUCAGCACACAAUCCUGACAUCAGACACCUACCCCACCACCUCCAACUCCAGUGAUGUGCAUUCGGACAAAACUGUUCUCAUUGCGACCGUACGGCCUGGUCAGUCACUUGCGAAUCCGUCGCACAGAGACUGGCGAACCAAUGCCCGAUGCACCAACAUACAGUGAGUGACCCAUCUCAUGAAGUGUUGGCUGAAAUUCUGAAAUGCGUUUUCAACUAGGGGGGAUUACUUAGGCGCGGUGGUAAUACUGAAUAUCUUGCGGCAUAAUCCUAUAAUAUUUCCGACGCGGCAGGAUGUCAGCCUUUGAAUACACUGCCUUUCAAGCUCCUGUAGAAGACGCACAUGGCAACAAAGCGACUAUUUCAGUAGCAUGCAUUUAUCCCAUUUAUUUUCGAUGGUCUUGCAAGUCCAAAUGUAUUUUAUAGAAACCCCGAACAAACUAUGCUUUUACCCCACUCCUUCGAUAAAGAAUCACAUCAUCUUUAUAUUUUAUACUCGAAGGGCGAGUAUUAUUAGGUUUAAAAAAGUUCCUAACUAUGAGAUUUUUUAAGACCGCGAAAUGUCCAUUCACCUAACAUCGUACCUGUCCGUUUACCAUUGCUGCUCAUGAAAUGUACAACAUAGUCCGCAGCCAUUGCAAAAUUUUAUGCACUCUGUAUGAUAUCUUUUUAAAGGCGUAGAAAAUUAUGGGAUUUUCUUUACGCGGAGCGCGUGCACCUUGUAGACUGAAAUCACUAAGCGCUAAGGCAACGACUGUUCAGGCUCCAAAGUAUUCGGCAAUUAUAAAACUUUUUAAAACCUAAUUAUACUCCCUCUUAGAGCAUAAAUUAUAAAGAUGGCGUGAUUCUCUAUCAAACGACUGGAAGAAAGCUUAUUUUUGUUCGGGGUUUCUAUAAAAUAUAUUUGAACAUGAAAGACCAUCGAAAAUUAAUGGGAUAAAUGCAUCCAACAUAAGUAGUCGUUUUUUACCAUGUGCGGUUUCUACAGGAGUUUGAAAGACAGUGUAUUCCAAAGAUGACAUCCUGCCGCGUCGGAAAUAUUAUAAGAUUAUGCCGCAAGAUAAUCAGUAUUACAACCGUACCUAAGUAAUCCUUCCUAAUGGAAAACCAUUUCAGAGUUUCAGCCAACAUUUCAUGAGAUGCGUCACUCACUGUACACCACACGCAUCUGCCUCAACUGCCAUCACUGCCCCCCCCCCCCCCACAUUCAGCCGCCGCAGGGGUCUGUUAGGCCACAUUCGCAUUCACGAAGUCCUGCGGCAGACUGCUUCCGCACCAUUACACCUGCUCCCACCAGCAGCAGUAGCACACUUCAACAUCAUCCAUCGCAAGCACUCAGUUGCCACCUCCAAGUGCCAAGUCUGCCGAGUUCCGUGGUUUGAAAGGCUGCCGAUGGACACCUUGCAGUCUGCCCAGUUUUGUGCGUUUGUAUGGAGUGACGGACUGAAAGUCUAAGAGUCAGGCUGCCACAGCUCCUUCUCAAUGUGACACUCUCGCGCAUGUGAGGGGGGUGUGUGUAUUACGGGUAAUACCUCUCAGUCUACGAUUGAUUGGUUAGCCGGCCACUGAAGGGUGAUAGCACAGGCAACCGCAGGGCUACGUGUCACCUUUCUGGACUUUAAGGAUAGCAGGCGUCUGCUAUGCCAUUAUCAGGGCUGCCAGUGCAUAAUAAAUUACACAGUUACUGUUCAAAGACGAUGGAAAGUUGGAUGGUAAUUUCCGUCAGCCAGGAAUGCGCCAGUCCCAGAACCAGUGCAUCUACUCAUCUACUCGUGAUUUCUACAGUGACUUGAUACGGAUGAGGACCUUCCCCUUAAUGAGUCUGUAUAGAAAUACAUCCUUGCCGUUUUUCCAAUUCUUCUUCUAUGACACUCGUCGUUGGGAGAACUCAAACUAUCCCUAACCCCGACUCUAUCGCCGGCCGUCACCUGCGAUGACAGAGCAAUUCUAGUUGAGGAGACAUUAUUUAGACAGUUUGCGAGGAGGUGGACUUGAUAGCGCACCCUAAAAUGCCGACAAACCGACCGCGGCUUGUGAACGUAGAAUGUGCAUACAAGGAAGCCUGCGAGAAGAAAAACCUGCCUGCCUGCAGCACGUCAGAGCGACACUGCUCAUCCGUACGAAUCCAUGAAGUAGUCAAAAGUCAACUACCUCCUGUGAACACCAAUGCCGACCUCGAUCAUCUGCUUGCCCCCACGGAAGACUGCCAACACAGUGAAACAGUUGUCUGGCGGGGAGUCUCCCGGAGCUGACUGCGGCGAUCUUCAACUCGAGGCGAAGCUCGCCUCAAUAUUCUAUUUGCUCAUUAAGCAGUAGUUUAGGAGACCGUCUCCUGUCGGCCGCCUGGCGGCAAUCAAGACCGCCAUUGUGGUAGCCGAUCCAGUGUUCCCCUCCUCCUCUUCCCUGUUUACGACGCCACCUCGUCCGUCAAUGACCUUGACAGACCCCGCCACCACUUCUCAGGCCUGAGCAGCGGCACCUCUUUCAGCUGCAAUUACUCACGGCUGCGCUAGACAUACGCUGGUAGCAUCACGUGCAUCGGACGACCUGGCUUCUUACCGGUGUGUCCUUGUGAUCAUGCGACCUCGACUCUACCCUUAAAACAACUAAUCACUAGUCCCACACAGCCAGACAUAACAUCCUGCUGGCGCCGACAUGUGACUCCUGCGUAAACAACACACUACGACUUGACCUGACAGUUCCACCGUGUUUGCGGACGUUGUCCACCGUGUGCUCUUUAGCCGGGGACAGCGCCUUGCGCAGAAUCUACCGCACUCACCUCCUUCUCCUCCGCCUUCCCCACCUGGAGCUGACGUCCGAGUGCUCCUCCAACAAAGGGAGGCGGCCCGUAGGCGGGAGAGGGCACAGGUAGCUGGAUUGGCGUAAAACCGCACACAGGCAUGCCUUCACACCACCUAGCUCACAACAACAAAUUGACCAGGGGAUGUACGUGAUCCCAAGGAGUGGGUGAAUGCCACAGGUGUCCCAUUAAGAAGGAGCCACUGAGUCUCAGUUCAUCAGUCCAUUACUCACCCCACAAACAUACACUGGGUUGACCACAAGGUUCGUGUCAUCCCGUCAGUAGGCAACUCCCAAGACACGUCUUUUAGCGCACUGUGAUAGUAUCCGGCUCGAAUUAAGCUUGCAGCAGAGGAGCCACAUCGGUAAGUAACCGAGAAACACACUGCCCUCUUAGAUGAGAGGUUUAAAUUACGUAUGUGGGACUGCUGGCACUGGUGCGCUGGUCGCAGUACGACGGAUUCGCAGGUGACCGACCAGGCCAGUGCGUGAGACGAAUGUGAAAUCUUAAGGGGACGGUUAGAACGCAGUCCACAUCGCUGGAGAUGGGGAUGGUAGUGGUGAGGAUGAAGGUGGUAGUUGGAGUUCAGUCGGGCCAUUGAAAGAGUUGUGUUCGGUGGAGGGAGUGAGAGCUGUGGUGAUUGCCAUUGUUGUGACAGGGACGAUGGAGAUGACAGUAACAGGCGGCGACGGCGGGGUUCGGAGAUGUUGGAGGAGGUCGUUGUAGUGGAUGCCGUGGGGGUUGGAGUAGGUGUGGUAGGCGAGACAGGGGGUGGGCUUGUCGAGCUGGUGCAUUGAGUCCGAAGACGUCUGAAGAGUCCGAUGCGAGCGCGGAAAUUCCGUAGACAGUGCAGGUAUGCUGGGGGUGGGGAGGGGUUGAGGGUUGGCUUUACGGGUCAGAGGCGCCGGAGACUAGCAAACUUCCAUUUUGGCUCUGGCCACGAUGAUCUGGCUGGCUACAUAGACGGUGUCGAGUGUCCUCACUGAUCUUCUCCAGGCUGGUUGUUAUGUGCGAGGUCCCCCAAAGUCUUUGGGUUGAUCUGUAGCCGGUUCAAAGGGGUCCUUCUAGUGACAGAUUUGACCUUCUUGUCGGCGAGCACCCGUGGUCAAAUCUCCGUAGAAGAGUCGAUUUGGCAGAUCCUCGUUGUCCAUCUUCAACAUGACGUGAAUGCUUAGGAUUCCAGUCCGUUGCAGAACUUCCCUGUUCGGGAUCUUGUCCUGCGACGUAAGAUCUUGUAUCCGACGGCGACAAAUAAGUUGGAAGUAUUUGCGUUUCUGCACUUGUUUCUCGUAGACCGUCCAGGUCUACACGACACACAACAAAGUCGUCAAGAUGACUGCUUCUUCAGUCUAGUGUUAAGGUGGAGACCGUGGCGAUUCCAUGCGGAGUUUUACAGCCGGCCGAAACCUUGGCUGCAUUCGGAAAUCCGGUGAACCAAUUCGUCGUGGAUUCUGGUGCUGCAGCCCAAAUAGGCGAGGUUGUGCAGGAUCUUGAUUUGGGUGCCGCUGACACCGCGAUGGUGGCAGCGACAGCGGCCAUCGGACACCGACAGGGACGGACGGCAGCGGUGUCCAGCCAGCAGUAUGAGUACAUAGACGGUGACUUGCGCAUACUUUCCUUUUAA